AUGGUCGGGUACACGGGUACGCAGGAACAGAGGCGCAUUUCAGAUGAGGUGUUGAGGACUUUGAAAUCCAACGAGGGAUCGUGGAGGCUGGUAGACGGUAUCCUGUCCAUGAGCCAGGAUCCCAACACCAAGUUUUAUGCGCUGCAGAUAUUGAAGGAAGCUAUCAAUACACGGUGGAAUACGAUAGAAAAGGAGAAUCAAGAAGGCAUCAAGUCGUAUGUAGUGUCGCUGAAUAUCGAGCUGGCCCAACGAGAUGCCGAUCAAAAUACUCGUCAUUUCCUCAUGAAGUUGAACGAGACUCUAGUGUGUUUAGUGAAGCAGGAGUGGCGAUUGAAUGCAUGGGAAUCCUUCAUACCAGACUUGUGUACUUCUGCCAAGAGCUCUCAGAAUCUCUGUGAGAACAAUCUGAAGAUUCUCCAGAUGCUAUCGGAAGAGGUAUUCGAUUUUGGUCCGGAAACGAUGACGUCGAGCCGAGUCUUGAAGAUGAAGCAAACGAUGAGUUCACAAUUUGCUUGCAUAUUCGAUCUAUGUAUGUUCCUGCUCCAAAGCUAUGUCGCCGAUAAGAGCUCAGUAAGAGAAGGUCUGAUCAAGACAACCCUCAAUACUCUAUCUCACUUCCUGAAAUGGAUACCGCUGGGCUAUGUGAUCGAGACUAUACCGCGAGAGACCGCUGAUCUCGAUGUCUUGCAGUUGUGCAAUUUCUAUGAGGCCAUGGGAAAAAUGAUAUCAGCGAUUCCUGAGAUUCCGAAACAAACUAACUUGGUGAACCAGACUAUGGCGGACGUACGGUCGAAAUGGCAAGCCGUGAUAAAGCGAGCGUCCUUUGGUGAUGAACGUAUCUUAGCAGAAGACCAGCAGGCGAUACGCACGAUAUCUGCGAUACUUCGAUGUUACGAGCGUAUGGCUGUUGGGGUGGGCAUCGCCAGCGGAGAGGCGAUCAAGGACAUCUAUAGUGACGUGUUAUUGGUAUAUAAGCUCUACUCUCAAUGUGUUGGUGCAUCCCGUGGGUCCUCGGCAUUAUUCUCAUGGGAGAACGUGAAACUUAUGCGGAAAGUUAAACGUGAUGUGCUGCGGUUGGUGCGGUCCUUCGUUGACUCGGCAGUGGCUGAGCAAGACAGAAUGAAAGCUGCUCAUAUGCAGCUCGCUGAUGACGUCUGUGUGCUGAUUUGCUCUCACUUCAUCCCACCUAUGCUGCAGCCUGUUCUAGUGGAUUACAAUUUAGCUCCACCGGAAGGACGAGACCCCGAAGUUCUCAAUCUACUCACAACAAUGUGUUCUCGUCUAUCAAGCUCCGUGGUUGGCAUGCUUCCGAUGAUGUUCGACCAAGUGUUCGAGUCAACUCUAGGGAUGAUCAAGGACGACUUUACAUCAUUCCCCGAUCAUCGAUUGGCGUUCUUUGAGCUACUCAGUGCGGUGAACGAGAAGUGCUUCGAGUCAUUAUUCCUCUUGCCAAGUCAGGAUUUGCGGUUAUUCGUCGAAUCUAUGGUUUUCGGUAUUCGACACGAGCAUCCGACAAUAGCAGAUAUCGCACUGAAACUCCUGUCAAAGUUCCUAACACAGGUGGCAGCUAAUCCUAACUUAGCACAGUCGUUCUUCUCGGAGUAUUACGAGAACCUACUGAAACAGGUACUGCUUGUAAUGACCGAUCGACACCAUAAGUCGGGACUUCGUCAACAAGUUCAAAUCCUGGCGAUGCUAGUCUCUGUUGCUGCGAAUUCUCAGUCUGCGAAUAUGCCGAACAAAGAACAUACGAUGGAGUUUCUGGUUGGAGUACUUGCCUCUUCCUUCAACACAACUACUCGGGUGGAGCUGGAAGCUUUCGUACUGUCAUUGUUCGCCAAAUGUAAUGGCCCACCACAGGAAUUCAGUCGUUGUGUUCAAGACUUCCUAGUGGGCCUUCGAGAAUUCUCUGGAACAUCUCCCGAAGAGCUUGACACGUANNNNCGCGGUCUUCGAGCAGAACUCCAGUUUGAUUGGAGUUAG